GAAAUUCUCCUGAAAUUCAGAAAGGAUAAUUCAAAUUUAGAGAAAACUCAGAAUCGGACAUGAUCGCUCCCGUUUCUUUUUCUUUUUAAGUCAAACAUGUACUUUUGAUUUUCAGUUGGCUUUAGCUUGUAAAUUGAGGACGAUGGCCGGUUCGUCAAGAAGUAUCUGACAAACGACAACGUCUUUGGAGUACUAGCCAUGAGUUUGAGCUCUCUCGUCGACUGGAAGUUCUCUCAGGUCUUCGGGGAACGAUGUCCAGGCGAAGACAUUCAAGACGUUGAUAUUAUUUCCGCAAUUGAGUUCGAUAAGAGUGGUGAUUAUCUGGCUGUUGGUGAUAGAGGUGGCCGUGUUGUUAUAUUCGAGAGAAAGGAUGAAAAAGAUACUCCAAGUCAGCCCCGUUCUAGGUAUCAAUUGGAGCAAUUAGAUUUUAUCUCAACUCGUCAUCCUGAGUAUCGAUACAAGACUGAGUUUCAGAGCCAUGAGCCUGAGUUUGAUUACCUGAAGAGUUUAGAGAUUGAAGAGAAGAUCAACAAAGUAAGAUGGUGUGCUGCCCCAAAUGAUUCCAUACUUAUUCUUUCAACAAAUGAUAAAACAAUUAAAUUGUGGAAGGUUAAGGAUCAAAAGAUGAAGAAGAUAAAGGAGAUGAAUGCACAUCCAUUUGUAUGUUCAGAGAAUUCUCUUUUAGCUGAAAGGAGUUUUACGAGCGGGCAAGAUUCACCAUCUCUUUCAAAUGGUCUUCCAGCAUGGACAGGGACAGCGAAAAAUAUGUUCCCAUCGCAAGAAAUUCUUAACAAAAUUGCCAAUGCUGAAGACACUGCUUAUGCAAGAUCUCGAAGGGUCUAUGCUCAUGCACAUGAUUUUAAUAUUAACUCAAUUUCAAAUAAUAGUGAUGGUGAGACCUUCAUAUCUGCAGAUGACCUCAGAAUAAAUUUAUGGAACCUUGAGAUCAGUAGCCAGUGCUUCAAUAUAAUUGACAUGAAGCCUUCAAGCAUGGAGGAUCUUAUUGAAGUCAUAACAUCGGCUACAUUCCAUCCGAUUGACUGUAAUCUGCUUGCGUUUAGCACCUCAAGAGGUUACAUUCGUCUAGUUGACAUGCGGCAAUCGGCAUUAUGUGAUAAUGGUGCAAGAGUAUUGCAAGAUGCAGAACCUGGCUCAAAAUCAUUGUUUACAGAAAUUAUUGCAGCCAUCUCUGAUGUAAAGUUUGCAAGUGAUGGGAGGCACAUCCUAAGUCGGGAUUACAUGAACCUAAAGCUGUGGGAUAUCCGUAGAGAUUCUUCACCAGUUUCAGUAUUUAAGAUUCAUGAGCAUCUACGCACCAAGUUAUGCGAUUUGUAUAAUGAUGACCUGAUAUUUGAUAAGUUUGAGUGCUGCCUCAGUAGGGAUGGUCUAAAUUUUGCAACUGGAUCUUAUGGUAAUCUUUUACGCAUAUUUUCUUCUGGUUGUGGAGGGGAAGAAGGAAUCACCAUAGAAGCUAGCAAAACUUCGAACAGAAAUAUGGAACUUUAAGGCUGCAUUUGCAGAGGUCUGAGCAUAAAAGCUAUUAGGGACUUUAAUAAUGCAUUGCUUGCUAAAUGGAAAUGGAGAUUUAUCUCGGAAGAGAAUACCAUCUGGUGCAAGUUUGUUGCUGCGAAAUAUGGGCUGGAUGAUGGUGGCUGGAUUACCAAAAAUCACUUGGGUGCUUAUGGUUAUAGUCUGCAGAGAUACAAUACCAAAGGUUGGACGGAUUUUAUGAGAAAUGUCAAAAUUAAGAUCGGUAAUGGAAGGAGAGUUAAUUCUAGCAGGAUGGUGUGAUGAGAGGCCCUUUAAGGAUAUCUUCUCUUAUGUCUACAUUGCCAAGGAUUGUUUUGAGUGGAGUCUUAGGGAGUUAAAACCUUAAUGGUUAGGAGGUAGAUGGAAGAAUCUCUUUGCUUGCUCUUCUGGAAAAAUCUUCUAGAGUUUGAUUGAAGGAAAAUUCUCCAUUAUGAAAGAUCUGAAAAGUGACAAGUUCUCAGUUAUAUCUUUAUACGCCCACAAUGGACGGGUUUCCUUGGAAGCAGUUAUCAAAAACCAAAGCCUCUCCAUGCAUAGCUUUCUUUGUUUGGGUGGCAUCUAGGGGUAGAAAUCUGAUGUUGGCAAUUUGAUGAAAGAGGUAGAUCACUACCAAACAAAUUUUUCCUAUGCAUUAAUACGUGGAAUUCCCUUGUCAUCUUCUUUGGUGUAACAAGGCUAGAAGAUUAUGGGAUUUAACUCUGUCACUUCUUAACCUUAACUGGGGUUGUGUGGGCCACUCGAGGAUGAGCUAUGGGCGAGAAGUGAUAUUGCUGCUACAAAGUUAAAGAAGAACCCAUUGUAUUUUGCUCAAAGGGCACACCAUUUCUGAUGGAACUGAUAUUUUCUAUCUUUAUGAUUCAGUCUCUGCAUUAGGAGAAUGUAAAUUCUACUUUUCUUCUCUUUUGUAAUUGGGUUUGUACCUCUUUGGUGCCUCUUAAUGUCUUGUUUUCCUUAGAAAAAAGAAAGUUGCAUUUGGUUUAAUUUGCAUUUAAUUCUUAGUCAUUCCUGUAUUUCAUUUAAAUGAGUCUUAAUAUGCAUAAUGAAACCAUAAUUUAUCGUUUUUAAAUUAGCAUAACCCCAACUUGAGUUCCUUGAUGGUAAGGAUUCAUUUCUACCUAUAAAGGCAAGAGUUAAAUUCUCAGCAUCAAGGAACUCAAAAUAGUAAUGAUAACUCAAACAAAAUAAACUCUAUUUUAAUUAUGUUUAUUAAGGCUGACAUUAAAAU